AUGGAGAAUGUGAAAAGUGGAUUUGUACUGUUGCUGGUCGUGGUCACUAGAGUGUUUGGUUCUAUGAAGGAGACACCACAGCAGAUCAUUAACAAAUACAACAACUACAGGACAAUCUGUACUGGACUUGGAUAUCAGAACCUAAGCUGUAAAGCCGACAACAAAGCCCCUGAAGAAGGCAUGUAUACGUUUAGCUGGACAAUCUUGUCAGUGGCCAGUAAAUAUUUUAUCAGUGAAUUUAUACAUGAUAGAAACUCUGCUGCUAAAAAUAUUUAG